UAUUUUUUUUCCCCUCCUCCCCUCCAUUUCUUCCCGUCCCUCUCUUUCUGCUUUAAGUGGAAAAGCCUUGCCAGCUGGGGAAGGCUGGGAGGGCAGGCAGAGCCUCGGCAGGCAGCAGAUAAAGAGUGUGGAGGAGGAGAGGAAGGAAUUUCGGGGCGGCCAGCGCCUGCGGGACGUGCGGCACAGGCGCUUGCCUGGUGGGACCCUGUCCAAGGAUUUGGCCACCAAGACACGGACCCCACCAUGGUGCUGUGCCUCUCUCUGAAGACAUCUCUCUGCCUCCUCAUCCUCAUCGGUUUGCUAGAGGCAACGUCUGGCAGCAGCGGGCUGCACAUUGAACCCAGAGAUAAUGAGCUUGUCCUCGGCCUCCACAGCACCUUCUCCCUCUUGUGCUAUGGGGAUGGUGCACUGGUCUGGGAACGGGACGGGCAGCCCCUCACAGCCUCACUGGACUACAGGGAUGGUGUCUUUGUCAGCAAUCUCACCCUCAGGAACGUGACAGGCCGUCACACCGGGGAGUACGCGUGCAGCUACAGCCCUGAGCAGGCUCCGGAGCCAGCCGAGAGGAGAGCUCUCUACAUCUAUGUUCCAGAUCCCUCCUUAGUCUUCCUCCCCACAAGCACCUCCGAGGAGCAUUUCAUCUUCAUCACAGGCUACACAGAAGCUGCCAUCCCAUGCCGUGUGACCAACCCACAGAUGCAGGUGACCCUCUAUGAGAAAAAGGUGGAGAACCCCAUCCCAGUGGCUUAUAACCCACAACAGGGAUUCAAAGGCUUCUUUGAGGAUAAGACCUAUUUCUGCCGGACAAUCGUGGAUGACCAGGAAGUGGAUUCAGACAACUUCUACGUCUACAGGAUCCAGGUCUCGUCCGUGAAUGUCUCCAUCAGCGCAGUGCAGACCAUAGUGCGUCAGGGAGAGAACGUCACGCUGAUGUGCACUGUGAGCGGCAACGAGCUCGUCAGCUUUGACUGGGAUUAUCCACGCAAGCAAGCAGGGAAGGCAGUGGAGCUGGUGACUGACUUCCUGCCUGGGUCCACCCACGAGAUCCGCUCCAUCCUCAUCAUCCAGAACGCGGAGCUGGAGGACAGCGGGACCUACGUCUGCAACGUGUCUGAGGGCUACCAUGAGAAAACAGAUCGGAAGGACAUCACAGUCCGUGUGAUCGAGCGUGGUUUUGUGCACUUCCACACCCACCUGCCCAGCACGGUGUAUGCUGAGGUCCAUAAGAGCCGCACCAUCCAGGUGGAGGUGGAGGCCUACCCACAGCCCAGCAUCAUGUGGUUGAAGAACAACAAGACGCUGACCAUGGAGAGCAGCAGCGAGUUCACCAUCACCAACAGGAACCUGUCAGAAACCAGGUACCAGACAGCUCUGGUGCUGGUGCGAGUGAAGCAGGAAGAAGGAGGAUUUUACACCAUUCGUGUUUCCAAUGAGGAUGAUGAGCAGGAGCUGUCCUUCCAUCUGCAGAUAAAUGUGCCAGCCAAAGUGGUGGAUCUCAAGGAAAACAGCAGUGCCACCAGUGGGGAGCAGACAGUAACAUGCUCUGCUGAAGGCAUGCCCCAGCCAGAAAUCAGCUGGUCUACUUGCAGCGACAUCAAAUGGUGCAGCACCAAGGGGAAGCCCAGCCGGCUGCUGGGGAACGAGUCCUCCGAGAUCGGGCUGCAGACCAACGCCACGUACCACGCGGAGCUGCAGCUGUACCGCGUGAACAGCACCCUGCAGCUGCACAGGGUGGACGAGCCCUUGCUCCUCAGAUGCACUGUGCAAAACUUCCUGGGCACCAGCUCGCAGGACAUCACUCUGGUCCCACACGCCUUGCCAUUCAAGGUGGUCAUCAUCUCUGUCAUCCUGGCCUUGCUGGUCCUCACCGUCAUCUCCCUGAUCAUCCUGAUCGUCCUGUGGCAGAAGAAACCUCGUUACGAAAUCCGCUGGAAGGUGAUCGAGUCAGUCAGCUCUGAUGGGCACGAGUACAUCUACGUGGAUCCCAUGCAGCUUCCUUACGACUCCAGCUGGGAGGUGCCCAGGGACAAACUGGUGUUAGGACGCACUCUUGGCUCUGGUGCCUUUGGACGUGUGGUGGAGGCAACAGCUCAUGGUCUGAGCCAUUCACAGUCCACCAUGAAAGUGGCUGUCAAAAUGCUCAAGUCCACUGCCCGGAGCAGCGAGAAGCAAGCCCUCAUGUCCGAGCUCAAGAUCAUGAGCCACCUCGGACCUCACCUCAACAUUGUCAACUUGCUGGGGGCCUGCACCAAAGGAGGGCCCAUCUACAUCAUCACUGAGUACUGCCGCUACGGUGACCUGGUGGACUACCUGCACCGCAACAAGCACUCCUUCCUGCAGUGCCACGGCGAGAAGGCGCGCCGGGAGGCAGACGGCUAUGGCAACACCGCCAAGCAGGACCACGGACACAGUCACCUCUCCUUGUCUGUCGAGAGCGAUGGGGGCUACAUGGACAUGAGCAAGGACGACUCCCUGGAUUACGUGCCCAUGUCUGACAUGAAGGGGGAAGUCAAGUACGCUGACAUCGAGUCCUCUAACUAUGGCACCCCGUACGAGCUGGACAGCUAUUCCCCAUCAGCUCCUGAGAGAACUGACCGGGUGACACUGAUAAACGAGUCUCCGCUCCUCAGCUACAUGGACUUGGUGGGCUUCAGCUUCCAGGUGGCCAAUGGCAUGGAGUUCCUGGCUUCUAAAAAUUGUGUGCAUCGUGACCUGGCUGCCAGGAACGUCCUUAUCUGCGAGGGGAAGCUGGUGAAGAUCUGUGACUUUGGCCUGGCAAGGGACAUCAUGAGGGAUUCCAACUACAUUUCCAAAGGCAGUACCUUCCUGCCCCUUAAGUGGAUGGCUCCAGAGAGCAUUUUCAACAACCUCUACACCACCCUGAGUGAUGUGUGGUCCUUUGGGAUUCUCCUCUGGGAGAUAUUCACUCUAGGGGGGACUCCAUACCCUGAGCUGCCUAUGAACGAACAGUUCUACAACGCCAUCAAACGUGGCUAUCGGAUGUCCAAGCCCACCCACGCCUCUGAUGAGAUCUACAAUAUCAUGCAGAAGUGCUGGGAGGAGAAGUUUGAGAUCAGACCAUCCUUCUCACAGCUGGUGGUGCUUAUGGGAAAUCUCUUGGUGGAUUGCUACAGAAAGAGGUACCAGCAGGUGGAUGAAGAGUUCAUGAAGAGCGACCACCCCGCUGUUGUCCGCACAAGACCCACGAUCCCGGGGCUGAACAACAGCAGGGCCACUGCCAGCAGCCCCACCAGUAGCAUCCUCUACACAGCUGUGCACCAGAAUGGGGGCGAGAAUGAUUAUAUCAUCCCUCUUCCCGACCCUAAACCUGAGGCCAUCUGCGACCUCCCUCAGGAAGCCUCCAUCAGCCGGGCCAGCUCUAUGCUGAACGAGGCCAACACAUCGUCUACGAUAUCCUGUGACAGCCCUCUGGGCCUCCGGCAGGACGAGGAGCAGGAGUGCGACCCGCAGCCGGGCUGCCAGGAGCCGAGCACGGGGCACCAGGAGGUGGAGGAGAGCUUCCUGUAGUCAGAGCUGGGCUGACUCUGCAUCUCCCCAUGGAGAGGCCAGCUGAGGGGCUGACGCCGGCAGCACAGAGAGCCAUGCUUGGCCCUUGUACAUCAGGACAGCCCCACGUGCCCCAGCAUUCCUCCUUCCCUCCUGCCUCCCAGGCUUUCUCAGGAAAGCAAAAACUUUUCCCCAUUGCCACCCCCUUCCCCCUUACAAACAGGUGGCUCAGUGCCAGCAACCUUCCAGAUCACUGCCACAUCCUCCUCAGUGAUCAAACCACUGCAGGAGCGAGACAUCUCACAGACCAACAUCUUCUUUUCAAGUGGAAGACAUGGUUUGGAUCUCCACAAAAGACACCACUUUCUGCAUUGCUAAGAUGAGACUCCAGCCUCUUCCCCCUCCAUGGCAAUGAGUUUCAUCUCCUCUGCACCAGCACUUCCCUGAUGGUCUCAGCACAGCCACCCCAUGGUUCUGUGAAAUGCCACCAGGACAGAUGAAUUGCUUGGAGCCCAUUGCUGAGGUGUAGAGAGCCUCCAACACCAACCUUCAGCUGCUGGAGAUCAAGAGUACAGUGGGUAGAUUCUCCUCCAAGCACAGCCAAGUCCUGGAGAGACCAGCUCGCGUCUCAGAGAUACUGAACCAUCAUUUUCCUUUCUUGACAGCUCUUCUAUGGUGGAUAGAGCAUCACAAGCACAACAGGUACCCGUGGCUCUGGGGCACAGCUCUGCACCCACCUAGAAGGGCUGUCACACCCCUUGUGCCCAGGAUGGCACCAGGAGCCCCAAGGACAUGCCAGGAACUGAAAAUAUUCUCACAAUGACCCUGUUGUAAUAGCAAAGAGAGCAGUUUGGUGUUGUUUGUGUCAUCUAUGUGGACAUUAAGCUAAUUAUUCUACGUUGAAGAUUCAAAGGGAACAAAUAUAUUAAUCCACUAGCCAGGGCCAGUAUAAGGAAGCAAUAUGGCUACUCAUUAAUCUUCUACUGCCACUAAGCCCAGCUCAUCUGCUGGGAAAUCAUAUAACCCCGCCAGCUGCAAAGUCUUUGUGCCUUAUCUUUGGGAAGCAAGAGCUCCCUUUCGAUAGACUGUUCACCUGGACACCUUUUCUCAGAAUGGGAGAUCUCACCAGUCUCUCCUGAGUCACAGCAAGAUCAAUAUUGGGGAGCAAUAAUGGUGCCAGAACACAAGCCCAGGGACAUCUCAGAGAGAGAGAGAGAGAGAGAGAGAGAGGCUGGGAAGCUGUUUGGUCACAGCUGAACUGUAUCUCACAACCUGCCACUUUCUGGGGACCAGGCACAGCCACUUGCAGCCUGUUUCCCAGUGAGGAACCAAGCAGAGAGAGGAUUCCUCUGUCUUGGAUAGUGUUUUGAAGAAUAAAAGGGCAGAGACUUUCCUCCUGCUUCUCACCUCCUCCCUCACUUCUCACAGGCAGGCCUGGGACUUCUUGUGCCCUCAGCUGGCACUUGAACGAGGAGACUUGAGGCAGGAGGAGCAUCAGGCUUCUGAAAGCAGUCAUGAACCCACCUCUGCAGAGGUGCAAUCUGGACCCCCAAACUAGAGGUCUGACACCACAGAAAGCAGCAGGGUUUUUUUGCAAAAGAAGUUUCACCUUGCACAGAGCUCUGUUCGCUGCAUGCCCCCCACUCCCACUAACCUCUUCAUUUUCCUACUCAAGCACAUCUCUCUUCAUCUUCCAAAAACUGCACAGGCAGGUUCACAAAUUUAGACCUUCAGUCAGCAUCUUGCUGGGCUCCUGCCACCUCAGAGCCACUCAGAAAUGUUACUUUAAUUUGGUUUCCAAGAUACGAAACUUCUGCCAGAAAUCCCCAGCAAAACAAGCUUCUGGUUUGAGUUCUCUUAUCCUUGCAGCGCUGCCAUUUAUGCAGCUAAAAGAGGAGUAGGUGUUCUGUGGGCUGAUGUCCUUGGUAAAAUGUGAGCGUAAGAAAUAGCACUUUUUUGGCAGCCAGUGGAGGGUAUUUUCAGCCCACGUGGUCAGACUCCCCGCUCUCUGUAGGAAACACACUGUGAAUGACAACUGUUUUCCAUGCUCUGUUCCUCCUGCUUGUAACGAAGGAGCCAUCUUCUGCAGCAGCAGCCCAUGAAAUGAUUCUGACCACGGAGAAGCAGUAACUUACGAGAUCCUUAUGGUCACACCACUUGAUUUUUCUAAUACAGAAGGUACUUGAUAGGAUCUUGCAACUUGAGCCCAUUUGAUGGCACAUCAGAUCAUCCUUCAUUUGUCCUUAUCUAUCAAAGGGGACCAGGAGUACCCAGUAUUCCAGGUGAGGUCAAAUCUAGGCUUCUCAUAGGGCAUUAAUAGUUCUGGUCUGUAGUGGGUUUGAUUUUCCUGCUGUUGCUUUGGAUAAUGCUGGCCUUUUCCCAGCCACCACAUACUGGUAGUUUGGAGUCAUCCUCUGACCAAUCUGAGCACCUACAUCUUUCCACUCUCCCAGCAUUUCUAACCAAGCUACUCCCUCCUGUUCCAGACAUUGGGUCAUCAAACAUUUUGUUAACAAACUGUUAUUUUUGGUCUGGGCUGACUAAUGAAAAUAUUAAAUACUUCUAGCAUUAAGGGCAACCCUCAAGACCUACUUUUACUACCUCCGUCCAGCCCAAAGAUUUCCCCAUCAGUUAACCUCUUCUCACCCUCCCUUUGGCUAUGUGCUUAUUUACUCUGCAAAUCCCAGACUAAACUCCAUUCUUUGCAGAUUAAUUGCUAACUAAAUGACAAAUUUCCCACCAUCAGAUAGUUUCCACAGUCCUGAAAGAGGGGAUGUAUUUCUUCUCCCUGCUGGGGGUACUCGGGUACCCCGCCCUAUUAGCUGGGCAGUGGCUACAUUUAGAAGCCAACUGCCUUUUGCCCCAUUUGCAGACUUAUUGCAAUUAUUCUUCACAUCAAAACCUGUCCUGGGCUGCUGACAGGGUUCUAACCCCACCUCUCUCUUCCUUCUGAAAGCAGGUACACCAGAUUCUUUGCAAAAUGGUACCAUUCACUCCAGGAAGAGAGGACUAAAUACCUGCCUUUGGCCCUGUAAUGGCAAGGGCCAAGUCUUGCACUUUUUGGUACUUUCCUCACUUCACUCUUCCCAUCACAGUUCAGCGAGGGCCUGUGCACCCUCUGCAACAAGCAGAGCUUCUCAGCCAGGGGCAGGCUGGCAGCUGGGCAAAGCCAGCAUGCUUUGCUAAGCAUCCAGGUCUCCUCAAAGAGACGGCCUGGCAGGGCUGAGGCUUACAGCAUCCCCCUAGCCAAGCUCUCUGUGCUCAGGGAGCCAGCUCCAGCCUCCCACCCCCCACCUCUCUCUCUCAUUCCAGUCCCUGCACGGCCAGUGGAUGAGGGCCCAGAGGAGCCAGGCCCAUCAGUUUUGGAGCCAUGAUUUCUCUGGUGAGACUCUGAGGGGAACCAGUCCCUCUGGGUCUUUAUCUUCGAUGAUCAAUAUAUACUUUUUGAGUGUGUUUCUGUCUUUUAGAGGUGGACACAAACUGAGCCCCCAAAAAGGGACACGUGCCACAGCUUGGGCCCAUCUCUAGUGCAAUAUCUUUUUACUUGUAGGCUAUAUUUUACUCUACAGCUGUUACAUCAUUAUCAGCACCAGUAUAUGCAUAAUCCUACUGCCAGUCACUAUUUCAUACAUAUCGAAGUGUACCCCAGAAACUAAUGUGACACUCUGGUGUGUCACUCCACAAGUAAGAUGCUUCUCAGACUGCUGCGUGCGCAGGUUUUAAUCGUCCUUCUUGGUUUGAGAGUGUUGUUCCUGUUGUUUUUAAGCGAGAGUGUCACGUUUAGUGUUUGUUUGUGUCGUGUUAAGAAAUGUAGAGCACAACGGACUUUACUUGUAACUAAAUUGUCUCUGUUCACCUGCCAAGGAUGGGAGGCAGAAGGUGCAGUUAUGAAACAGCUCUUCCCCUCUUUCCCAGUCAGGGCUCCAGGCUGGGGGAGAGGCAGCACCACAAAUGCAGAGUGUGGGGCAGUGAGUUAGAUUUUGGCUGUGGGGAUGCCCAAGGUCUGCCUGUGUAAAGCUGGGCAGAUCUGGAGAAGGGGAUUUCACAGAUGUCUCCUUUUGAGGGCUUUUCUUCUAGAAUGAGAGGUCGGCUAAUGUGCUGAGGAAGCAAACCCCACGCUCCAACACAGCAGCGAGGGAGGGCUCUGGUCAGGAUUGGUGCUUAGCUCAGGUCUCAGGACUGGUGUGGCCAGUUCACCAUGCCAGCCAUGGCAGGACAGCCGUGGGCUGCCCAGAGAGCCCAAACACAGCCUAGCCCUGCUCCCACUUGCAGAAGAUGAAGGCCUUUUGGUGGCCUUGGUCCCAGUGGUUGCAGAGGCAGGGAGCAGCCUUGCUGAGGGCCAUGCACAGGCCCUUCCUGCAGCAGCCCCCAGCCCUGCCUGGAUGCUGAGUGACCAGCACUGGCUGGAAUGGGGGAGGCACCAUGUUGCCUACAGGCCUCGCCCAGGGCAGGUAUUGUUAAAAAAUCCUAUUUCAUGGGCCAGUGCAUGGAGUUGCUGGGUUUCUAUAAUUCCCAUGCUUCUCCUGAAGGGCUGAAGUCUUUGGAGCAUGCCAAGGUGCAUCUGGUUGGCUUUGGCAAAGGAGGAGGACUGCUCUGGUGCAGCUGCAGCAGCCCUUUGGAGAGAUGACUCUGGCAGGGGUGGGAAGAGGGAAGCCAGCUCAUGCUGUGUUACUGUCCUUUCCUUGUUCAUGGAUUGCACCAGAACUUCCAGGUUUGCCCCAGACCUGCCCCCUGCCCUCUCCCCCUCCUGCUGUGCUGGCUUACUGGGCAUCAUACUGUUACUCUGCAGCACCUCUCAUCAGAAGCAGCACUUGCCUCCAUGUUCUCUGUCAGAAGCCAUCCUGAGGGCAAAGGCAAAAACAGAGUUCAGACUAAGGUACCAAAGAGUUAACAUUUCCCUAGGUUUACAGAUGUAUUUGUAGGAUUUGUACUAUGUCACAUCUAUAGCCAUGAGAUAUUAUUUUUAUGCUGUAAACUUUUACAAAUACGUUUUUAAAGAAAGAGUUUAAGAAUAAAGGUGUUUUUCUUUUUGCAAA